AUGCCAAAAGCAGCUUGGGCCGCUGAAGGCCUGAAGAACUUCCCGAGCCGAGAGACCAUGGCGAGCCCAGGGAAAGACAAUUAUCGAAUGAAGAGUUACAAGAACAAUGCCCUAAACCCUGAGGAAAUGAGGCGAAGAAGAGAGGAAGAGGGCAUUCAGCUCCGGAAGCAGAAACGGGAGCAACAACUUUUUAAACGGAGAAAUGUGGAGCUGAUCAAUGAAGAAGCCGCCAUGUUCGACAGUCUUCUCAUGGACUCCUAUGUGAGCUCUACCACUGGGGAGAGUGUGAUCACAAGAGAGAUGGUGGAGAUGCUCUUUUCUGAUGAUCCUGACCUGCAGUUAGCAACCACACAGAAAUUCCGGAAACUGCUCUCCAAAGAGCCCAGUCCUCCAAUAGACGAAGUUAUCAACACUCCAGGAGUGGUGGAUCGGUUUGUGGAGUUUCUGAAGAGAAAUGAGAAUUGUACAUUACAGUUUGAAGCUGCCUGGGCUCUAACAAACAUUGCUUCUGGAACCUCUCAGCAGACCAAAAUUGUCAUUGAAGCAGGGGCAGUCCCCAUUUUUAUAGAGCUGCUUAACUCGGACUUUGAGGAUGUACAGGAACAGGCAGUCUGGGCACUGGGAAACAUAGCUGGAGACAGCUCCGUUUGCCGAGAUUACGUCUUGAACUGUUCCAUCCUCAAUCCUUUGUUAACACUCCUUACCAAGUCCACACGACUGACAAUGACCCGGAACGCGGUCUGGGCCCUGUCAAACCUCUGCCGAGGGAAGAACCCACCCCCAGAGUUUGCAAAGGUCUCCCCUUGUUUGCCCGUGCUGUCUCGCCUACUCUUCAGCAGCGACUCAGACUUGCUGGCAGAUGCUUGCUGGGCCCUCUCUUAUCUAUCUGAUGGCCCCAAUGAGAAGAUCCAGGCAGUCAUAGACUCUGGAGUCUGCCGAAGAUUGGUUGAGCUUCUCAUGCACAACGAUAACAAAGUGGCUUCUCCUGCUCUGAGAGCUGUGGGUAACAUUGUCACCGGGGAUGACAUCCAGACCCAGGUCAUUCUUAACUGUUCAGCCCUCCCUUGCCUCCUCCACCUCCUGAGCAGCUCCAAGGAGUCAAUCCGAAAGGAAGCUUGUUGGACCAUUUCAAAUAUCACUGCUGGCAACAGGGCUCAGAUACAGGCUGUCAUAGAUGCAAACAUCUUCCCUGUAUUGAUCGAAAUCCUUCAGAAAGCAGAGUUCCGUACAAGGAAAGAGGCAGCCUGGGCCAUCACCAAUGCCACAUCAGGAGGAACCCCUGAACAAAUCAGGUACCUGGUCUCCCUGGGCUGCAUCAAACCCCUGUGCGACUUGCUGACUGUGAUGGAUUCAAAGAUCGUGCAGGUGGCCCUCAAUGGACUGGAGAACAUCCUUCGGCUUGGAGAGCAAGAGGGCAAGCGCAGUGGCUCAGGGGUCAAUCCCUACUGUGGCCUCAUCGAGGAGGCCUAUGGCUUGGAUAAAAUUGAGUUCCUCCAGAGCCAUGAGAACCAGGAGAUCUACCAGAAGGCCUUCGACCUCAUUGAGCACUACUUUGGCGUAGAAGAUGAUGAUAGCAGCCUGGCUCCCCAAGUGGAUGAGACGCAACAGCAGUUCAUCUUCCAGCAGCCUGAGGCCCCCAUGGAGGGCUUCCAGCUAUAA